AUGAAAGGAAUCUUUCUUUUGUCUGCCUGCCUUUUGGCUUUGGUGUUCAUGGCUACUUUAACGGUGGCAAAACCUGUCGCGAAGAAGGACGAAAAAGCAACGAAAAAUCUCGAAGCCACUACAAAAGGGGAAGACAAAAACGAUGAUGAAAACGAGAACGAAGACAAAUCAGAGGACGAAUCUAAGGGCAAAAAUCAGUCAGGAAGUGGCCUAAAUGACGGUAAAGAAAUAGUGAAAUGACCAAUUUCUUCAUUUAUCAGGGGCACUCAACGAGAAUAUAGUUCAAAACCGCUUAAACAUACCAUGGUUAAACGUAUUUUAGUAUUUAAACGGUAGAUAUUGGCGUACUAUUAUCCCCUAAAAAUUUUUCAUCUGUUCGGAUUUCCUAGCUGAAAGUCUAGUGAUCCGAAAAUUAUAGGGGACAAAACUUACCUUUUCGAAAAUUUCAGCCAGAAAAAAGGCUCCCGAAAAUUCUAGGUGACCUUUUUAGGGUAAAAAUCCGUUAAAAAAUGGGCAAUUAUACCAUUUUUUCGAAGUUCGAAAAUUUUACAACACAUGUUUCGAAAAUUCUAGAUCUCAAAUCGUCUUCUGAACAGAUAUUUUCCGAAAAUUGACUUUGGGUGCCCCUGAUUUAUUCAUUUAAUCACUUCCACCAUUUGGUGUGGAACAUACAACAGAGCGAGGCUCCAAUUUAAGUGCUUCAUUACAGAUAACUGACCCAUCCAGCUCAGGAGAGUUUGGUCACACCACCAUGCAGCGUGUAUGUCCCCUACUCUUUUCGAACAGUGGUGUGGGUUCUUUUACGUCCCACAAGAACCAGAUAAUUGAAAAUGCUGUGAGACGAGACCUACGGUUUUUCGUUCUUAUCCGAGAAGACUAGAAAGUGUAACCGUUUGCAGAUGUCAUCUUAAAGGCAGCACUUUCUCCUCAGUUACGUAAAGACUUUGAGUGUUGGUCAGGCCGGGAUUGAACCUGCGACCACCGCUCUGCAGAUCGGCGUUGUCCCUUGGAACUGAGCUAACCAUGCUGCUUCAUUAAAAUAUCAGUUAGGCAUAAUGACAAUACAUUACAUAUAGUCUGUGGGGGAGCAUUUAGAAAGAUGAGGGAAAAAAAGAUCUAAAAUCACCUCAUCUGGGCUCACAGAGUAAAAUGUCUUAAAUAAUGAGAGCAUGCAUUACUGCCAUGUGCGAAGAAAAAAAAUGGUCAGAGGAGCGGAUGAGACGGUUUCAAAGCGUUAAUGUAUGCGGUUAGAAGCGAAAAUGGGAAAUAAAUUACCGGAGUAAAACGAAGACAAGCACGGGACUUAUCUCAGCCAAGAGGNGGUCAGGCCGGGAUUGAACCUGCGACCACCGCUCUGCAGAUCGGCGUUGUCCCUUGGAACUGAGCUAACCAUGCUGCUUCAUUAAAAUAUCAGUUAGGCAUAAUGACAAUACAUUACAUAUAGUCUGUGGGGGAGCAUUUAGAAAGAUGAGGGAAAAAAAGAUCUAAAAUCACCUCAUCUGGGCUCACAGAGUAAAAUGUCUUAAAUAAUGAGAGCAUGCAUUACUGCCAUGUGCGAAGAAAAAAAAUGGUCAGAGGAGCGGAUGAGACGGUUUCAAAGCGUUAAUGUAUGCGGUUAGAAGCGAAAAUGGGAAAUAAAUUACCGGAGUAAAACGAAGACAAGCACGGGACUUAUCUCAGCCAAGAGGGACCACCCGCGUAACCAAGGCGCCGUAAUGUUACGGGUACCAAACUAGAAAACCCAGAGACUUUUAAGUCUCUGGGGGUCCAGAGACUUUUAAGUCUCUGGGGGUUUAAAAAGCUCAAGAGCGGUCAUUGAGAUUGGCUAAAGGACGAGAAAGAUAACUUUUCGAUGAAUUAAUAACUAACAUGUCAUCUUGUGUUUGUUAAACCUAUUUCAGUUUAUUUCACCACAAAUAGCCGUGGGUGUCUACGAGAGUUUACUAAAGCGGAAUUUUUCUUUUUUUAACUUUCAAAUUGUACGGUUCUUUUCGGUGGAACCUGGAAAAGAUAGAAUUCCUCAGAAGAAUUUCACUUUUUUUCCACUGGAAUGCCUCGAAUAUUUUCUGUACCAUUUUUUGAUCAACGCUUACCCGACGCUUCUUGCUAAAGCCCAAUGUUCGAGAUAUCUACGGUAUUUUCCACCAUAAGCCUAAGGCCCACGUUUUCGUUAAAGAGUAGACUGCUUGCAGUCCGCCUUUUCCCCUAAAAUCCGUCUAGUUCUUGAUCCCAUCCAGCGCGAUUGCAAACCACGAUGUUAUUAUACAGGGAUCGAGACGAGACGACCUAUUUUUUCUUCUCGGGCUUACGCCCUCGUUUCUCGAAGCAAGCGGCUUCGCCGCUCGCGUGCUUAGGUUUUGCGUGUAGUAACUUUGCAAAGAAAAAUAAGAGACUGCUCACAGUCUAGUUAAAGAGCGCAUGGAAGUUGCUAUCGCUUGGGCCGGGUUAUGGGCUCCUGCUUAACCAAAUAACUGAUUAUGUCAUUGUUAUUUCCCUUUGUCUUUCUUCAGCUCAUCAUCACAACUACCCGUUCCCAGGCUCCCCAUAUCCUCAUCCUUACCCUGAAGCGGGGCCUGAGUCCUUUCCAGGUCCCUAUCCUAAGCACGUGCCGUACCCAGUCCUUCACCACCAGAAGAAUCAAGAAAACGACAAAAACAAAGAGGAGGAGAAACUCGGAGACGAAAAAGAAAGAAAGGAAUCAAAGCAGCACUGA